AUGCAAGAUACAUUUCUCAUUGGACAUGCACGUAGAACGCGAAAAUUAAGACAGCGUCAAAAACAACUUGGUCCAGAAACUUAUAGACUUAAAGUCAAUAAUCAACGACGAGAACAUCGUUUACGUACAAAAUUUCAUGUAUUAACACAGAAACAAGCGAAACGAAAGAACCGCUCUUUGAUUAAGAAACGUGAAACAGAUAGAAAACGUCAAAAACGGUAUAGAUUGAAUCUAUCUGAAGAUGAAAAAAGGCAUCGGAUGGAAAGAGAUCGAAUACAUAAAGCGUUAAAGCGUCAAAAACAAAAAGCUGUUCGUGAAAAAAUUUCAACAGAAAAGGAAGAAGUGGAACAUGAAAAAAUUGAUGGUAGUGAGACAUAG